UCCGCGGCCGCCACGUCAGAGCUCGGCCCCGGCGGCCUAGCCGGGUGUUGACGGGCGCCAUGCGCGGUUUGGGCCUGUUGUUGCUGCUGCUGCUGUGGCCGCCUCCGGGGGUGGCCGGGACCUCGGCAGAUGAAGAUCUUGUCAAUUUGCCUGGUGGAAGGUUUCGCAUGGGCACGAAUGAGGCCGAUGCCAGGGAUGGAGAAGAUCCUGUCAGGGAAGUGGCUGUGAGACCGUUUGCCAUAAGUCAGCAUCCAGUCACUAAUGCAGAAUUUAGAGAAUUUAUCAGAUCACAGAAGUACAAAACAGAAGCAGAGACAUUUGGCUGGAGUUUUGUAUUUGAAGACUUUGUUUCAGAAGAACUGAAAAGCAAAGUAACACAAACAAUCGAGGCUGCUCCUUGGUGGCUACCCAUUGAAAGGGCAUUUUGGAGACAGCCAGCAGGCCCUGGCUCUGGAAUUAAAGAUAAGUUGGAGUACCCAGUGGUGCAGGUGAGUUGGACCGAUGCCACAGUGUAUUGCCAGUGGAAGGGGAUGCGAUUGCCCACAGAAGAAGAGUGGGAGUUUGCUGCUCGGGGAGGUCUGGAAGGUAAAAUAUAUCCAUGGGGAAACAAGUUUCAGCCUAAUCGCACAAAUCUUUGGCAGGGAAAAUUUCCAGAUCAGGACACAGCAGAAGAUGGUUAUCACGGUGCAUCUCCAGUAAAUGCCUUUCCACCACAGAAUCCCUAUGGCCUGUAUGACAUGCUGGGAAAUGUAUGGGAAUGGACUGACUCAGAGUACAUCCGAAAAGGCCAAUCGGUAAAGGUUGGACCUCAGAAGAUGUAUGUUCUGCGUGGAUCCUCGUGGAUUGACAGUGUCGAUGGAUUGGUUAAUCAUAAAGCACGGGUCACGAGCAGAAUGGGAAAUACUGCAGACUCGGCUUCGGAUAAUCUCGGAUUUCGAUGUGCUAAAAGUCUGGCUCCAUCUCAUCAUAAGCAAAAAGAAAAAAAUAAAACUGAACUCUGACAGAAUUGAAAAAGUGCAAAAGUAAUGUGUAUUUUUGUGUAUUUGCAACAAUCUAACCAAGACUGAAAGUGAAAGUUACAGAUGUGGAACGUGAUAAUGCAGUUUUUUUGUAUGUGAUAAAAUUUGGAUAUUUAAAAAAAAAUGGAAAGGGAAAUUAAAUUUUACUUUGCAAAAUAUGGAAAAAUUGUA